AUGAAUGGAGCCAUCGACACAAACAAGUUGAAUAAACUGCUUCAAUCGAAGGGCGAUGUUGACUGUUUGAUCGCAGAAGUCGAAGAUGAAAUGUCACAUGCCCUGAUUGCUGGACUGAUCAAAGAUCCCGCAAACUACAAAGAAGCUGUCGCAUCUUCGGAUCGCGAUAAAUGGCUCAGAGCAAUUGAUGAAGAACUGGAAUCAAUGCGGAAAAACCAAGUGUGGAAACUUGUAGAAAGACCAACCGUAAACGCUGAAGGUGGCAAGCCCAACAUUAUCGACUCUAGAAAAAAUAGAGAAGAGUCUGAAGAUGCUAGAGAGUGUAGCACAACUGUAACGAGAGAAAAUGUGCCGUACAGAGAAGCAGUCGGUAGCCUGCUGUAUUUAGCCAACACAAUUAGACCAGACAUUUCAUACUCAGUGAACGUACUGAGUAGACAUCAAAUCGGCCCAACUGAAGAUGAUUGGAAAAUGGUCAAACGGGUAUUUCGAUAUUUACAACACACAAGGACCCUAGGAUUAAUUUACAGAGGCUGUAAAGAUGGAUUAGAAGCCUAUUCAGAUGCGAGUUUGGCAGACUGUAAAGGCUCAAUAACAACAGGUGGAUAUCUUCUAAGGCUGUAUGGGGAUACAGUUGCUUGGAAAACAAGAAAGCAGAACUAUGUUGCUAUUUCAACCUGCGAAGCAGAAUAUGUAGCAAUGUGCAACGCAAGUCAAGAAUUGAUUGGACUAGAGCCCUCUAUAAGUAUUAUAUUGUCUUGCACUUUAUUGCCCGCGGAUCUACGCUCGUCGGAAUCAACCACAAUGAGUGACCCAGAAGUCCACGCGCUCCACAUCAUUGGCUGA